AUGACUGAGAAGUUUGGAAAGGAGAAAAAUCAUACAGUCACUACCACUAAUAUUGGAAACAUUUAUAGUACUAACAACAUAGAAUACCAGGAAUAUUCUAAUAAACUCCGAAAAAUAUUAGACAAGAAUGUAAUUGGUGCAGAUAGUAAAAAUUCUGAUCGUCUUAACGUUACUAGACUUUACAAAAUAGAUAAACAUUAUUGUUCUAAAAUUAAGAAGAAUGACAAAGAACAACAAAGUAUAUUAAAAUAUAAUAACAUGACCUUUUUUUUAAACGAAAAACUUUCUCCAAUAGUGAAACAUAUUAACAAUUCUAUCAAAUUGCUAACAGAAAGCUAUUUGAUAUUUGACCCACAAAGCUUCAAUCCCGUUAUAAUAGCAUCACACGGUUGGUCGUUGCUCAAUCGAAAAAAUAAAAACAAAUACAAAAAUACAAUUUUUUUAUAUUGUGACAUUUGUCAUAAGAUGUUAUGUUUUACAUUUGAUGCCCAUAAUUAUUGCUCUUUUGAUUUUUUAAAAAAGGACCUCGUUACUUUUGACAAACAUAAAUAUACAGCUCAAUUAGUUUCUGCUCAUAGUAAAAGUUGCUAUUGGCAUACUCAUACUUUUGAUUAUCUAAAUAAAUAUUAUAUCACAGAAAAUAAUUUGAUAUUGGAUGUGGAAAGAUUAGGACAUGGUAAUGAAAUUUCCACAGAAUUGUCCCCCUCAUUGAAAUUACAAGGAUGGGAUCCUUUUGAAUCAACUGAUAGUAACAAGUACGUUAAAUGUAAGAUGUGCUUUAAAAUAUGCCAAAUUCAAGAAAUUCAAAACAAUGAUUUCAAUAGACAUGAGACUUGGUGCAGAUAUCGUUCGAAUCUUGAGAUUUUAGUUAAAAAAUUAGGUACUCACAAUGAUACUGAUGACAAAACAGUUGAGUUUUUUGAUAGAGUUAAAAAGCUGGAAAUUUUUUUGGAAAGUUUGUGA